GUGUAGGUAUGUGUAUGCGCAUUACAUGCACUAUGAAUUAUUACAUAAUCCCCUGCAUUACGUAUUGUACCUUACGUUAGGUACCUAAGGUAGUACACAACCCACAAGAUAGAGCUGAUAAGGUCAAAUAACGCUGCCUUAUCGCCACUAUCGUCAUUACCCCAAUCAGAACUUAUCAACUACGUGUAAACAGAGGCAAGCAGGCAUUGCGGCGUUACUCUUUAACAGGUUGUAUUGUCAAAUUGUUAAUGUAGGCUGGAGGAUCGGAGAUGUGGCUAUGAGACCCAAGACUUACUAUGCGGUAACAUUACGUUGUCUAUUAUGAGCUGGCUUUACAUGCUCUGCUGUUCGUGGCUAUGCUUAUAUAGUAGGUUCUGUCCGGUCAACCUCAGACGUCAUCGUGGUUCGGAAACCGUACAUAUCAUGUUAGUACCCGCGCAUCACCUUAGGUACGUCCACUACAUAACUACGGAUAAUACGUUAGGUAUUAUACCUGAUAUUACCUACCUUGAGCUAACUGCGUUGAGUCAAUUCAAAUACAAGCUCACACUUUGCGGUUUCCAGAUAUAUAAGUUAUACCUACCUAAGGUAUGUUCCCGUCGUGAAUUUACAGAAUUCUUCGUCACUACCAAGGCUUCCGAGAAGACGGAGAUGCGGACUAAAGUUGAGCAAGCGAUCAGGAGCAAUUAGCGACUGGACGGGUUGUAUGCCGCCAAGCUAAACUUGACUUGAAAUAUGUAAGUCGCCGGUCAAAUAAAUGACCUCUCAGCGCAACGUACCGAGCAAGACAUACUUGGCAGAAGUCGUCAUCAUUGCACACCGGCAGGCUUCUUCAGUAAUAUCGUAGACCAACGCCACCGACCCCAAAGCUAAUUGUCAUUUAGAGAAGCGCUACAGCGUACCUAACGAAUAAUUCCAUUUACACUACUUUGUAAACUAAUCGCACCAUCGUAGAAGACGGAUCUGCGCUUAUAAUUAUAAUUUAUAGGAGGUAACACGCUACCUUAGGUACUUACCUACCUACGUGGUACCUGCCUAACCUUCAAGAGAAGAUACUGUACUUAAGAACAAAGAAGAGAUCUUUUUCUUUCUCUGAUUGAUAUGAUUAGAUAUCGACCGUAUUAAUGUGAUAAUUAUAAGGGCAAUACAGAGCCAAGAGGCCAAGACAGAGGAGUCAUGGCGUGCGGUUACAAUUGCUUCAAAAUAUGUAACAAGAAAAUUACUAUGCACAUAUUAGGUAGUACCUAGG